AUGAAGAUCGCUCAUAUCUCAGGUGCCUUCAAUGGCCGGCUCCUUGUUACCUGCGGCAUCACCGCUCUGUCGCAGGUAACCCUGGGACUGGAACAGGCCGCUUUCACAUCCACGCAGGAAAUGCCUGCAUUCGCCCACACGUUUGGUGUGUACUCUGCUGAGGGGCAUGCCCAUCGUCUUGGAUCAGACUUUAUGGACCUUCUCAAUGGUCUUCCUUAUGUUGGCCUCGUUUUUGGCCUGGUCCAGGGAAGUUUGAUUAGUAGACGGUUUGGACGUCGUGCGAGCUUGUUCGUCAUGUGUCUCUGGGCAUUUUUUGGAGUGUCUCUUCUGGUGACUUCUCACAGCCAACUUCAGAUCCUGUUCGGCCGUAUGAUUACCUAUGUCUCCGUGGGGAUUGAACUAGCAGUUGUGCCUGUCCUUCACGCGGAGUUGGUGCCGGCCCAGGUGCGUGGGCUCGUCGUUGGAACAUAUCACACGGGAUUGUUAGUGGGACAACUUGUCAUGUCUCUCAUCUGCCGUGCGACUCGUGAGAUUGAAGGUGAUUCCUCGUGGAGAGUCCCGCUAGGAUUACUCUACGUUAUUCCGGGCCUCGUUUUCUGCCUGGGAUGGCUCAUUCCAGAGUCUCCUCGACUCCUCCUGAUAAACGCCCGCCCUGAAAAAGCCCGUCAGUCACUGCAAAAACUGCGUCAAGGCCGUUUCACCGACGAUGAAAUCGAACAGGAGUUCCAACAGCUGUGUGACACCAUCGACAUUACGACUGACCAGGGCAGUUUCCGCGAGAUCUUCCGAGGCAGCCACAUGCAGCGCACGCUCAUCAUCGUCGGAGUCAACAUCUUCAUGCAGGUCACAGGAGACAGCUUCGUGUCACAGUACGGGACGGCCUUUGUGCGGACCAUAGAUACCGUUAACCCAUUCUCGAUGGUGUGCAUCUACUCCGCGAUCAACAUCUUUGUCAGUCUCGUGGCGAUGUUGCUGUCAGAUACCGUCGGCCGAGUGCCCCUAAUGUUUGCCAGUGCCAUUAUCCAAGCCGGCUCUCUCUUCACCCUGGGCGGCCUGGGUACAACCAGCACCUCCCCUGCCGUCUCAUCCGCCACAAUGGCCAUGAUGGCUGUGUUUGGGGUUGGGUACCAGAUCGGCUGGGGGCCGUUGUCCCACGUUGUAGCAGCGGAGGUGCCUACCACGCGGCUGCGCGACGUCACGUACGCCGUUGGAGCAAUCUUCAGCAUUCUCAUCCAGUGUGCCAUCUCGCUCAGCGUGCCACGUGCCGUAGACGGGCAGAUGGGACCGGGGUCACAAGUGGGGUUUUUGUUCGGUAUUUUCGCGAUCUGUGCGGCCCUGUUUACCUGGUUCUGCGUGCCAGAAUGUAAGGGCAAGACGCUGGAGGAGAUGGACCACUUGUUCUUGCAUGGUAUGCCGAUUCGGGAGUUUGCUCGGGUGGGUCAAGUGAAUGUACAUGUGUCCAAGGAGGUGGAAAAAGAUGGAGUGUAG